UCAGCUGUAGCAGUUAGCAUCUGUAGCAGUUAGCAUCUGUAGCAGUUAGCAUCUGUAGCUCUGCUAACUCGGCUAGUGUAUAGUUACAGUUAUUAGUGUUUUAUCUAGUCAUAUAAAAGUUAAUUAAUUGUUUAUUGAUUUAGCUGAGUGGAUUGAAAAAAAAAUUAGCAUUGCAGAGGUUUUUCUGAGUUAGCUUAGCAUGCUAGUGUGCUAAUGCUAGCCUGUGGAGUGCUGUGUUUACACGGAGAGUUUGGUGACUUCCUCAUUACUGACUCCACGGAGCCCUGAGGAUCAGGGACACUUCUGAAGGGCUGGAGAAAGGUUUUUACAUCUUACACUGAUGAGAAUGUGAGGACACAUUUAAUGAUUGACAUUGCUGUGAGCUGAACCACGAACCCCGAGCCUGAAGAUGCCUGGAGUGUCUACAGGAGUGAAGGAGCUUUACCUCUCCAGCUCACUGGGAGAUCUCAACAAAAAGGCCGAGAUCAAACUGGAAAAAGUCAACACCAGGCACUAUGUUCAGAGCGCAUGUAAGCUCUUUAAAGCAGCAGAGGAGUGCCGUCUGGACCGAGACGAGGAGAAAGCCUACGUCUUCUACAUGAAGUACCUGACUGUCUAUGACCUCAUCAAGAAGAGGCCGGACUUCAAACAGCAACAGGACUACUUCAUGUCCAUGCUCGGCCCGUCGAGCUUUAAGAAGGCCAUCGAGGAGGCGGAGAAACUCUCUGAGAGUCUGAAGCUCAGGUAUGAAGAGGUGGAGGUGCGGAAGCGGCUGGAGGAGAGGGAGAAGAGAGAGGAGAAGGAGAGACGAGAACAGAAAUUAGAAAAGGACAGACGAGCGUCACCCAAAGCCCCAGAGAACAGAAAGGACAGCAAAAAGGCUAAAGAACAGAAUGAGCCGCCGAAGAGUGUAAACUCACCAGCGCCCCUGAGUGGAGGUAUUAGUGCUCAGCAGCUGUACACCAUGAUGAAGGACCCUACCCUGAGUGUGUUAGUGAUGGACACUCGAAAACAAGCGGAUUUUGAGGAGUCGCACAUGGCGGUGCCCAAUCAAAAGUGCAUCAGUGUUCCUGAGGAGGCCAUCAGCCCCGGGAUCACAGUGAAUCAGAUCGAAGUGAAGCUGCCGUCAGAGUCUCUGCCUCAGUGGAAGCAGCGUGGCUUUGCUGAUUAUAUUGUCCUGUUCGACUGGUUCAGUUCCAUAUCAGACCUGAAACUGGGCACGACUUUACAGAGCCUCAAGGAUGCACUGUACAAGUGGGACAGUGUGACGAUCCUGCGCACAGAGCCUCAGGUUCUUGAGGGAGGCUAUGAGAACUGGCUGCUUUAUUAUCCAAUGUUCACCAGCAACGCCAAGAUCAGACCCCCACGCCAACACACACACACCCUGGUACCAGAGUUGAAUUUCAGCUACCCGUGUCUGGAGGAGACUCCGCCUGAACCUGCAGGUGUGUGUGUGAAGGACGAUGGGGAAGACGUACAGGCUAAUGGAACCAUCGAUACGGACGCAAAUGGCAAGAGCGCAGCCCCUGAUACACACACUCCCGCUCCGACCACACAGCCCACAGCCGCGCCCACACCCGCACCAACACCAAGUGUGCCCAGUGUUCCAAGUCCAAAACAGCCUGCAGCUACGGCAAAGACAAUACCACAGUUUGACCGAUCAACCAAGCCAGUGGUUAAACCCUCAGACAGUGGAAAGCAGAGUCCUGAGGGUGGAGCCAAAGAAGCUAAGACUCAAGAAGGUGGAGCUAAAGAUGCGCCCGUUUCCACAGUGACCAAUGGUCCGGUGAUUCCGGAUCGUUCAGCCAAGCCAAACCUGGAGGAUAAGAAAGGCAAAGAGGAAGAGGAGAAACGAGAGGAAGAGGAGCGGAAGAAGAAGGAGGAGGAGGAGGAAGAGGAGAAGGAAAAGAGGAGGAAACUGGAGCGCCAGAAGGCAGAGGAAGAGGAAGAGAAAGUGGAGGGGGGAGAUGAGAAAGGAAAGAGAGGAGUUAAGGAUCAGUCGCUGGAUGCUCAGCUCAAGAGCAUGUCUCUGGAUUCUCCUCUGCCCCACGCCACGGUCUCCGAUAUAAAGCGGGAGCCUCUGACCCGUGCUCGAAGUGAGGAAAUAGGCAGGGUGGUGCCUGGUCUACCUGAGGGCUGGAUGAAGUUCCUGGAUACGGUCACCGGGACGUAUCGGUAUUAUCACUCCCCCACCAAUCGUGUGCACCUUUACCCCCCUGAGGUCACGCCCCCUGCCACACCUCCAGCCACUCCCUCCAAGCCCAAACCCCGUACUGGAGCAUCAGAGAAAGAGGAGGAAAAAGCGAAGGAGCGAGAGAGGGAGAGAGAGAGAGAGCAGUCCAAACUGAAGCGCUCCUACUCCUCCCCUGAUAUCACCCAGGACCUGAACGCAGAGGCAGCCAGAAAACCCACGCCCACAGUGAACAGAGAAACCAAACCCGUGACUGCUACUUCCUACGCUAAAGCCGAGAUCGCUCGUCCGUCUGCUGCUAAGAUCCGGACCAUGAACCCCGUGUUUGGUGGGUUGGGUCCGUGCCUGACAGGCCUUCGGAAUCUAGGGAACACCUGCUACAUGAACUCGAUCCUACAGUGUCUGUGUAACACGCCGUACAUGGCUGAAUAUUUCAACAGGAACCGCUACCAGGAGGACAUCAACAGGUUGAAUAUCCUGGGCCAUAAGGGUGAGGUGGCUGAGGAGUUUGGUGCGAUUACGAAGGCUCUGUGGUCGGGUCAGUUUAAGUACAUCAGCCCUCGAGACUUUAAGAUCACCAUUGGUAAAAUUAACGACCAGUUCUCUGGGUAUGAACAGCAGGACUCUCAGGAACUUCUGCUGUUCCUGAUGGACGGCUUACAUGAGGACCUCAACAAGGCGGAUAACCGUAAACGAUGGAAGGACGAAGCGUCUGAUACGAUGGAUGAUGUCAGCGCAGCAGACUGGGCGUGGCAGAAGCACAAACUGCUGAAUGAAUCGAUCAUCGUGUCGCUGUUCCAGGGUCAGUUCAAGUCCACAUUACAGUGUCUGACUUGCCACCAUCGCUCUCGCACCUUUGAGACCUUUAUGUACCUGUCACUGCCCCUCGCAUCAUCCUAUAAGUGCUCUCUGCAGGAGUGUUUGAAGCUCUUCUCUAAGGAGGAGAAGUUGACGGACAAUAAUAAAGUGUUCUGCCCUCACUGUAAAGCUCAGAGGGAAUUCACCAAGAAGCUGGAGAUCUGGAAGGUUCCGCCCAUUCUGCUCGUGCACUUAAAGCGGUUCUGGUAUGAGGGCCGGUGGAAGCAGAAGCUCCAGACCUCGGUGGAUUUCCCACUGGAGAAUUUGGACCUGUCCCAGUACGUUAUUGGGCCAAAAAACAGCCUGAAGAGAUACAGCCUGUACGCCGUGUCUAAUCAUUACGGAGGUCUGGACGGAGGUCACUACACGGCGUACUGCAGAAACGCGAGUCGGCAGCACUGGUUUAAAUUCGACGAUCAUGAGGUGUCGCAAAUCUCCACCUCCUCAGUCAAGUCGUCCGCUGCCUAUAUCUUCUUCUACUCCUCUCUCUGAGGCCACACCCACCCAGACCACCGCACCCGAACCCUGACUGACCCGAGAGCAAUCAGAGCUGCUGUGGGUGGAGCUUAAAGGCCCAACUGAAGAAGCUGAUGAAGGGUUUUAGUGAGAAUGUGAAUCUCUCUCUCUCUCUCUCUCUCUCUCUCUCUCUCUCUCUCUACCUGUUAUGCCUGACUGUACUAGGAAGGGGUGGAGCUUUCUCUCUGUCAACCAUUGUUCUGCCUUUGGACACUAAUGAUGUUUGGGACGCAGCCGAGCGCGGUUCGAUCUUCCGCUUUUGAGAAUGAACUCGUGAGCUCAUGUACAUACUGCUAAUGGAGAUGUCCUUUUUUUUUUUUAAACCUUUAAAGUGACCAAUUCCUCCCCAGGAGUGAACGAGGCACCUGUCUGUCUUUCCCCGCACUGAUCCGGUCUGUUUUAAUUUCCAUACUUUUCUCAGUGCUCUUCGUAUUGGCUAAGUCCCGAAUGACUCCUGACUCCGUGCAGAUUCUGACAUAAAGGCACUUAUACCUUCUCUAGUGAAUCCCGUGGUACUCUGGGAUGCAGCUCCCUGUACAGGGGAUGGAAUGUUAACAAUAUGAACCCUUAUCCUGUGCACUACAGCUACAGUCAGGAGCCAUUUUGAAUUUUCUCUCUCUCUCUAUAGACCCUACACCCUCUGUAGUGCACUGUAUGUCCAGCAGGGGGAGAUUUGAGAUUAUAAUUUCCAGUGACUGGAUAAAAACAUGGCUGCCGUGACUCCAUGCCCUUCUGUUUCUAUAGAAAUGAAGCCAAAAUUCCUCCACCAUGUCGUCAAAUUAAGAGCAGUAGAGACGAGAAUCGAAGUCAGGUACACCUACUCGUGUUAUAGGCCCCGCCCCCUUUCCCCAAUAUCAGUGUCGCAGAAUAUCUUCAUUAGAUAAGAUAUACUUUUAAUGAUCCUUUGGAGGAAAUUAGAUUGUUACAGCAGCAAAGACAAACAUUUUAAUAAUCAGUCCCACGUGCGCGUACACAGUCCAUAUUACAUAAACGCAGACAUCGAACUUGCCGUGGCAGCAGUGCAAGUUUAAAAUUGUUAGAAGGAAUAAUAGUAGUAGUAGUAGUCUAACGACUAAGGCCGUCAGUCACUUCAUCCCCAAGUGUAGCCACGCCUUCUUACAAUAUAAUAGAGUCGCACUUUUAAGUCCUAAGGCAAAAUAAAUAAAAUGUACAGAUAGCAGCACUAACUUUGAAUUAGACGCUUGAUGGAAAAACAGUUUCGAAAAGAAAGUGUUGAAAAAACAAUGUUGUCAUUGAAACUCUUGGGGAUGGGUGGGGCUACACAUACUGCAGCCAGCAGGGGCGCUAGAUCUGUAGUUGCUUCUUUUUUUUUUUUUUUCUUCAGUCGUUGCUACUUUGUCUGCUUUUCCCUCGUACAACAUUCCCUGAUAAAACAGUAAACCGAUGUCUGAAUCUGGAAUGAUUGACAGUUGCAGAGGUGUUUUGAACUCUAAUAUUAACUGAACCCCUGGAAACGCCGCUUCCGUCCCAUAUGUAGUGUUUUAUACCCCACCCAAAAAAGCACCCACUUUUUUUUUUUAAAUACACACCUCAUUCCUAUUUGGGAUUUUCAGUUCUGCUAAUAUAUAUCUCAGCCCUGUAGGGAAUAAACGUAGGGUCCUAUUGAGCUUCUGUGUUUGUGCACUAGGUAGUGUAUAAAAUAGUGCAAGAACAAGCCAAUAUCAGGAUCAGUGCCUCCUUACUCAUCAUGUUCAUCUUUAAUUAUUCUGAGCCAGUAGCUACUUUUUUUAAACAUAUCAUGCAGCUCGUUAACUCAUCUCUGCAUUUAUAUAUUUGUCUGUAAGUCCAUCAGUCUGUCUUUCUGCUCCAUGUUUAUAAUCAAACACAAAUAUGAUGCACACUAUAACAUGUAUUUAUAUAUAAUGUCUGGCUGUUCUAAUCUAAGCAAAACUUAGCAACCUAAUGAGGUCCAGUGGUGAGGAGGUAGAAGCUGGUUUAGUGGCGCGAGCGCUCGGUCACGUCCUCGCGUCCAGCUGCACUAAUGACCCGUCAGUACAACGGAAACUUGCAAGGAAAAUAGUACACUGUUAGACUUCUCUGUAAAUUUCUCAUUAUCUCAGUCACUUCAUGCUUGAGUUCUGAUUGGCUCACUCCUGCUACUUGGUCCCUCCCCCUGAUCAUAAUUUGUCUUGUGUAGUUAUUUUUUUCUGGUUUCCUUCAAUAGUCCCCACUUUUUUCCCUCCAGGUUCCUGAUCUCAUUCCUUCUUGGCCUGCGUUCUUUCCUCUCCUGCAGGUCCCCGGAUUCCCUAAAAAAGUCUUGCAUAAUAAAUUCCUCAGUAAUGUAGAUCAGUGCAGAGAUGAUGUUGGGUUUUCUAAUACUAAGUGUUGGUGCACUGAGACUUUGGACCUGACUGCACCAUUAGCGAGUUUUAAUUUCAACACCACAGGCACAGAAUGGGUGGAGUUUUGAGUCCCGCCCACUCGUGUUCAUUUCGGACAGAAAUCAGCUGGUCUCUGAGCAUAAACGUUAAACUGAACUUUUGGUCAAGAGUUUGUUGAGUGAUAAUGUCAAGUACAAGUGAUGACCUUUUACUGCGGGCUGGCGUCACUGCCAGGACGGGAGGAUUUUCAGUGGUAGAGGCGAUCACUCAGCGGACCGUAUACUUCUGUAGUUAACCAGCUGUGACAAUAAAACUAAUCAAACACU